AUGGAGACCAUCAGAGCGUCCGCUUUGCGCGCCCCCGCGCUCUCCCCCGCGCCAGCGCAGGAGAUCAGCUCGCGCGCCUUCCGCGCCGUUCAGCCCGUCGCCACGCCCGUCACUCGACCUCGCCGCGGCGCCAGAACCGCCGCAUUGCGCGGGCUGGGCGUGCGGGCAGAGAGCGGCGCGACGGAGACGGAGAGCUCCGCGACGGCGGCGGGCGGCGAGGGGAAGGCGCUGAACCGAUGGAGCUCGCGCAUCACGCAGCCCAAGUCGCAGGGCGCGUCGCAGGCCAUGCUGUACGGCGUGGGGCUCACCGAGGCCGACAUGCACAAGGCGCAGGUGGGGAUCUCGUCGGUGUGGUACGAGGGCAACACGUGCAACAUGCACCUGCUGCACCUGGCGGAGGCCGUGAAGGGUGGCGUGACGGACGCGGGGCUGGUGGGGUUCCGCUUCAACACCAUCGGCGUCAGCGACGGCAUCUCCAUGGGCACGGACGGCAUGAGCUACAGCCUGCAGUCGCGCGACCUCAUUGCGGACAGCAUUGAGACGGUCAUGGCGGCGCAGUGGUACGACGCCAACAUCUCCAUCCCCGGCUGCGAUAAAAACAUGCCCGGCACGGUGAUGGCAAUGGCGAGGCUCAACCGACCAGCCAUCAUGAUCUAUGGCGGCACCAUCAAGCCGGGGCAUUUCGAGGGAGCCACUCUUGACAUCGUCAAUGCCUUCCAGAGCUACGGCGAGUAUGUGGCGGGGAGGAUAACGGAGGAGGAGAGGCAGCAGGUGGUGCGGCACUCGUGUCCGGGGCAGGGAGCGUGUGGAGGCAUGUACACCGCCAACACCAUGGCCUCCGCCAUUGAGGCUCUCGGCCUCACGCUGCCCUACAGUUCGUCCAUCCCAGCGGAGGACCCCUUGAAGCUGGACGAGUGUCGCCUGGCGGGGGCGGCCAUCAAGCGGCUGUUGGAGCUGGACGUGAAGCCCAGAGACAUCAUCACACGGGAGUCGCUCGAGAACGCCAUCACCACCGUCAUCGCCCUGGGUGGUUCGACUAACGCUGUGCUGCACCUCAUCGCUAUUGCCAGAGCCGUGGGGCUGAGCCUGACGCUGGACGACUUCCAGGCCAUCAGCGACCGCGUGCCCUUCAUUGCUGACCUCAAGCCCAGCGGCAAAUACGUCAUGGAGGACGUGCACAAGAUUGGAGGAACGCCAGCAGUGCUCAAGUACCUGCUGGAGAAGGGGUUGCUGCAUGGGGACUGCCUCACUGUGACGGGCAAGACCUUGGCAGAGAACCUGGCCUCUGUGCCGCCACUCUCCCCCGGCCAGGACGUCAUUCGCCCACUGGAGGAGCCCAUCAAGCAGACCGGCCACUUGCAGAUUCUGUACGGCAAUCUGGCACCAGAGGGGUCGGUGGCCAAGAUCACGGGCAAGGAAGGGCUCUACUUUAAAGGUCCGGCGUUGGUGUUUGAGGGCGAGGAGGCCAUGCUGGAGGCGCUCUCUGCCGACCCCAACAGCUUCAAGGGAGCGGUGGUGGUGAUACGGGGCGAGGGCCCCAAGGGAGGGCCGGGCAUGCCGGAGAUGCUCACGCCCACCUCUGCCAUCAUGGGCGCCGGGCUCGGCAAGGAGGUGGCGCUGCUGACGGAUGGGCGCUUCUCCGGUGGCUCGCACGGCUUUGUGGUCGGUCACAUCUGCCCCGAGGCACAGGUGGGCGGCCCCAUAGGGUUGGUGCAGAACGGGGACAUGAUAACAAUCGACGUGGAGAAGAGGGCCAUGGACAUGGCUGUGAGCGACGAGGCGCUGCAGCGCCGCCGCGCCAACUGGGUGCCACCGCCCCUCAAGGCCACCCGCGGCACGCUGUACAAGUACAUCAAGACGGUCAAGUCGGCGUCUGAAGGCUGCGUCACGGACGAGUAG